UGAAAGAGGAAAAGGAAGUGUUGAGCAGCAGAGAGAGGAGCGGCCGGCUAAGAGAGAGAGGUCUGUUUCAUUUUCACACAGCUGAAAACACACAACGUUCACCUGAGCUGAGACGAGAGCUCUCAUCGAGGUCACUUAAAGCUCAUCAUGGAUUUUGUAGAUCCCAUCCUGUCCCUGGCCUCAGAGAUCUACAAGCUGGUGGAGAACGUGAAGGCCAACAAAAAGCGUUGCCGCCGUGUUUCUGAGCGAGUCCAAGCCCUGGAGGAUCUGGUGAAGUCCAUCAAACAGAGAGACAAGGGACAAACCUCGGCCGACGUGGAGAAAGCUCUCAAAGAGCUCUGCAUCACUCUGACAUCAGCCCAGGAGCUCAUCAGGAAAUACACGGUGGCCAGCUGGAUUGACCGCAUCGUACACUCGGGCAGCCACGGAGACGAGUUCAACAGCGUGAACGAACGGUUCAAUGAUGCCUUCCAGAUCCUGUUUGGGGCUCAACAGGUGGAGCAGGGGAACAUCCUGUACCAGGUGUUUGAACUGAGCUCCAGGGAGAAACAAGACGAGGUGGACGGGAGGGAGGACGACACAGAGCUCAAGAAAUUGCUCGAGGACUACAUGGCCAACCAGACAGAGAACAUCAAUAAGAUGCUGAAAGAAUUUGAACAAGUCAAACUCAACGUGGAAAAGGUUAUGGAGAUGUUGAACAAACCCAGCGCCACUGAUGAAGUCAUCCGAAUGAUCAAACCAGAAGAGAUAAAGUAUGAAUAUCCCAAAGAGCCCUUCAUGAAGACGUCAACCUCGGAGGUGUACAGAGGAGAGUACCACGGCUUCAAGGUGGCCAUCAAGAGAUACACCGAACCUUUGAACACCAGCCCCAGAACCGACAGCACAACAGUCACCGAUUCUUCAUGCAGCAAUGUGUCCGCUCUGCAGAGUGAGGUGCGGUCUGUUUUUAAUAAGGAGGUUGAAACCAUGAGGCGGUUUGAGUCCCCUAACAUCCUGCGAAUGUUUGGUAUCUGCGACCAGGACAAGGACGGGCCAGAGCCUCAGUUCCUCAUCAUCAUGGAGUACUGUGAGAAGGGGAGUCUCCGACAGGUCCUGGACUCCCCCUGCAAACUGUCCUGGACAAGGAAAGCGCGCAUGUGUCUGGACGCAGCACAAGGACUCUACAGACUGCACCAGACAGAAAAAAAAUCAAAGGUUCACGGAUGCAUCAACAGCAGCAAGUUCCUCGUGGCUGAAGGCUAUACGGUCAAGCUGGGAGGUUUUGAGCUGACAAAAACGGAGACCUCUCUGAAAAAAGCAUCAAAGGACAAAGAGAUCCGUUCGGUGUGUUACUCGUCUCCUGAGACGCUUGACAACAUCAACUACCUCUACAGCAAAGGGUGUGAGAUGUACAGUUUUGGAAUCGUCCUGUGGGAGGUGGCAACCCGCAAGAGACCUUUUGAUGGUUGGUCGAGUAAGGACAUUUAUCAAAAAGUGUGCAAAGACAAGUUUGUGGAGCCGCUCCCUGACGACUGUCCUGAACCACUGGGAAAUCUGAUCGACGCAUGUCGGGCCUACGACAGCUUUCUGAGACCGUCUGCUGGAGUGCUGGUGGAUAAACUACGCUGCGUGGUGGCGCAGUUAGAGGAGCAGUAAAACUGUCAGUGAGCGAUACUCAGGGUUUGUGAUCGUCCUCAGGAGGAGUCAUCGAGUCAUCACAUUGUGUGUUAUGUGCUGAAAAUCACACAAGAAGAGUUUACACGGCACUGAAGGCCAGAUAAGAUUGUGUUUAUGAUUACUUAUAGGUUCUCAAACCAAGGAUUAAUCUCGAAUAUGCAACAGUUUUUACAUGUUGAUCAAAACUAAUGCAAAGAAAAAGAUCUGGAUGUGCUUUGGUAGAUUGCUUCAGCCUGCAGCAUCAAACAGGCUGUAAUAAAAUGAAUCUGUAUGAAGUAC